UUUAAAAAGCACAUUUGUAACUCUGUUACGCUAACAUUAAUUUUUCACAUUAAAAUGUCACAUUUUGAAUUAACCAUCACACUGAGUUGUAAGGUAGCAUUAGGUUUGAAUAAUGUAUUAAAUUUGAGUCUAAAAACCUACAGAUGUAAAAACUAAAGAAUGCAGAAACCGAGAGCAGAUCAGCAGAUCUGAAAGGUCAUUCCAAAGGCCAAAGGUUAACAGGUUCCUCCAGUGGGAUUUGCCCCAGUGAACACAUCUGUCACUGGGAGAGCUGGAGGAAAUGAACUGGUUAAUGAAAUGAAGACGUUACUGGGAUCAGCAUUUACCAGUUGGCUGCAUUUCAGGAGAUUGGGUCAAAAACUGGAGACGACGGAGUUCAGACAAUGUUUUCUAAAACGGCUGCCGCCAGAGGGCGCUAGAGGGAAGGUGGAAACAAGAGGGAAAAAAUGACAAAAAUAAAAAUACUAAUACAAUUUGUAAUAAUACAGUUUUAACUAUAUAUAUUUUUAUCAUAAAAUUAUUCUAGUGUACAGUCAUUAUUAAGUUAAAAUAAUUUAUUGAAAAGUUAUUUACCACACUCAUCUUUAUGACUGGACUGCUAGCAUAGUUAGCAUAGCAAGCAAGUGCGAAAUGGACACAAGUUUACCGACAAGAAAAAGACCCAAGGAACCGUCCAGCUGCCCGCCUGCGGGGGACAUUGAAUAAUAAAUAAAAGUAAGAAAAAUAUUCUAAAAAUUGAUGUUUCGUUGGGUAUUUUGUAGCAUUAUCUGCGGGUUUUCAAAGAGGGUCCCGACCCGAAGCUAAUGCUAUUUGGUGGUCAUGGCGUGGAAAAAUAUGGGAACCUCUGGGUUAAGAAAUGCAUAUAAACGCCUCUAAAACCAUAAUAAACUUUAGAGUUUCUAUCAUCCGUCCAUUUCGUAAUUUAUAACGAUACAUUAGCCGGAUAUAUGACUCCAAGCAGAAAAGAAAACACCUUUUUGACCUUUGACCGGGUUUUACGCAGGUGGGAGAGCUGUAAAGAUGAGCAGAAGGACAGAUAGUUUCCAAGAAGCGACAUGCAUUCCAGCAGGCUGCGCUUUGCAGCCCUGUUAUUUUUACCCCUGGUUACCUGCAGCAGAGGAGGAAUUAUCAAAAAUGAGGAGUUUUAUUCUGUAUUUCCAGAGGACGGACUUCCUCUGAAAAUGGACCAGGCUCUGCUCACGUUUCACAACAAGCUAACAGAACCGGUCCGUGUUUUCUACACCUCAGAUUACUGCUACAAGUGUUUGAAGCAGCAGCUGGUCACCGUGAAGCCCAACAACAACAAUGCGUCUGCAGUAAUCAGCACUAAAUUCGCCCUGACGCUGCAGGUUGAGCCGCAGACCAGGAACUCAGCGCUCUGCAGAUGGAGUCGAACGUAUAAGGAAGGAGGCCAUUACUCCGUUUGGAUGCAGACGCCUGCGGCCUCCGCCGACCCAAUCUGCAGCGUCUCAGUGGAUAAGAGUCCAAACAAUGUUUACCUGCCUCUCCUGGUGGCGGCUCUACUACUGGCUGUCAUUGUGUUGUUAUCUGUUGUGGUGCCUUACAUCUACAGGAGGCGUUGCACAUCUAAAUGUAUUAAAGUCAUCUGCUGCCAAGAUCCUCUGCGCUCUGUGGAUAAUGUGAGUAAUACGCUUCUUUAAUGAAUGCGAUAGAUUACUACCCUUAUCAAUGGAGUUAGCUGUAAAACUCCAUUGAUUUGAUUUAGAAAUGUUUUAAAUGCAUAAAAAUGAUGUUAAAGGAGACUUAUUAUGGCUAAAUGCACAUUUUGCACAUCUUUAUACUUUCCUUUGAGUUUCUACUGCUUCUAAAAUCAGCACAAGCACUUAAAAAAAAACAUCCAGCCAUUUCCUAAU